AUGCAUCGUAGACACACCACGCUGCGGGAGAAGGGGCGUCGCCAGGCCAUUCGCGGCCCCGCUUACAUGUUUAACGAGCGAGGCACCAGCCUCACAUCGGAGGAGGAGCGCUUCCUUGACGCCGCCGAGUACGGAAACAUCCCCGUCGUACGCAAGAUGCUGGAGGAGUCCAAAACGCUUAACUUCAACUGCGUGGACUACAUGGGCCAGAAUGCACUGCAGCUGGCUGUCGGAAAUGAGCACCUGGAAGUGACGGAGCUGCUUCUGAAGAAGGAGGGCCUGGCGAGAGUGGGCGACGCUCUCCUGCUGGCCAUAAGUAAGGGCUACGUGAGGAUCGUGGAAGCCAUUCUGGCCCAUCCCGCAUUCGCCGGAGGACUGCGGCUGACGCUGAGCCCCCUGGAGCAGGAGCUCCGCGACGACGACUUCUACGCUUACGAUGAGGACGGCACACGCUUCUCGCAGGACGUGACGCCCGUGAUCCUGGCGGCGCACUGCCAGGAGUACGAGAUCGUGCAUAUCCUGCUGAUGAAGGGCGCUCGCAUCGAGCGACCGCACGACUACUUCUGCAAGUGCGGCGAGUGCACAGAGAAGCAGCGCCGCGACUCCUUCAGCCACUCGCGCUCGCGCAUGAACGCCUACAAAGGGCUCGCGAGCGCCGCCUACCUGUCCCUAUCCAGCGAGGACCCUGUGCUUACUGCACUUGAGCUCAGCAACGAGCUAGCAAGGCUAGCUAACAUAGAGACGGAGUUUAAGAAUGACUACCGUAAGUUGUCCAUGCAGUGUAAGGAUUUUGUGGUGGGGAUUCUGGACCUGUGCCGAGACACAGAGGAGGUGGAAGCCAUCCUGAAUGGUGACGUGGACCAGAACCCGCCGGCGGAGCACCAGCGGCCCUGUCUGAGCCGGGUCAAGCUCGCCAUCAAAUAUGAGGUUAAGAAGUUUGUAGCACACCCUAACUGCCAGCAGCAGUUGUUAACUCUGUGGUAUGAGAAUCUGUCUGGUCUGAGGCAGCAGUCUGUAGGGGUGAAGUGUCUGACAGUGCUGGGUGUGACUGUAGGACUGCCCUUUCUCGCCAUAGCAUACUGGAUUGUGCCCUGCAGCAAGCUGGGCCAGAUCCUGAGGAGCCCCUUUAUGAAGUUUGUGGCCCAUGCUGUCUCCUUCACCAUCUUCCUGGGGCUGCUGGUUCUGAACGCAUCUGACCGCUUCGAAGGAGUGAAGAACCUUCCCAACGAGACCAUUACUGACCACCCUCGCCAGGUCUUCAGGGUCAAGACCACGCAGUUCUCCUGGACGGAGCUCCUCAUCAUGAAAUGGGUGCUGGGUAUGAUAUGGUCCGAGUGCAAGGAGAUUUGGUCUGAUGGCCCAAGGGAAUAUGUCUUGCACCUGUGGAACGUUCUGGACUUUGGGAUGCUGUCUAUCUUCGUGGCGUCCUUCACAGCACGCCUCAUGGCCUUCCUGAAAGCAUCUAAGGCCCAGCUCUACGUGGACCUCCACGUCCCCAACCAUGACAUCAGCAAUGCCUCCCUACCCGCCGACGUCGCCUACUUCACGUAUGCCAGAAAUAAGUGGAGGCCCUCUGAUCCUCAGAUCAUCUCGGAGGGGCUGUACGCCAUCGCCGUGGUGCUGAGCUUCUCCCGCAUCGCCUACAUCCUCCCAGCCAACGAGAGCUUCGGCCCCCUGCAGAUCUCCCUGGGUCGCACCGUGAAGGACAUUUUCAAGUUCAUGGUCAUCUUCAUCAUGGUCUUCGUUGCCUUCAUGAUUGGAAUGUUCAACUUGUACUCUUACUACUUAGGAGCCAAGUACAACCCUGCCUUCACUACGGUUGAGGAAAGCUUUAAAACACUGUUCUGGUCCAUUUUUGGCCUAUCGGAGGUGAUCUCGGUGGUUCUGAAGUACGACCACAAGUUCAUCGAGAACAUCGGCUACGUCCUGUAUGGCGUGUACAACGUCACCAUGGUGGUCGUGCUCCUCAACAUGCUGAUAGCCAUGAUUAACAGCUCCUACCAGGAAAUCGAGGAGGAUGCUGAUGUUGAGUGGAAGUUUGCUCGUGCUAAGUUGUGGCUCUCGUAUUUUGAUGAGGGUCGUACCCUGCCCGCCCCCUUCAAUCUAGUGCCCAGUCCAAAGUCCUUCUACUAUCUGGUCCUGCGCACCAAAGCUUGCCUCGUGCACCUCUGCAAGGCCAAAGGUCAUCACCAUGACAAUGAGCUGGAGAUGGGCAUGCUCAACUCACGACUAAAGGCGGAUCGAUAUCGAGCUCACCCGAGAACCAGAGAGGAGCACACGGUGAAGAAGCCCAUCAAGAACCCCACCCGCUACCAGAAGAUUAUGAAGCGCCUCAUAAAGAGGUACGUUCUGAAGGCCCAGGUCGACAGGGAGAAUGAUGAAGUCAAUGAAGGUGAGCUGAAGGAGAUAAAGCAGGAUAUUUCCAGUCUGCGGUAUGAGCUUCUGGAGGACAAAUCUCAGGCGACGGAAGAACUGUCCAACCUCAUUCAACAACUCAGCGACAAGUUUGGCAAGAACGCCAAAAAACAGCCGUGA